AUGACAGCCAUGCUUUGUGCAAGCUGUCAGCACAGCUUCCCGGAGGACAUGCUGGCUCCGGCAUCCUUCAGCACGCGAGUUGGCCGCUACCUCAGCCGCACAACAUCCCUCUUGUGUAAGACUCGCGGCAAGACCAGCGAAGACGACCACCGCCUCUCACAGCUCGUGCAGCUGCUCCAGCAGCUUUGUGGCGUCAUGCAGGAGGAAGUACAGAUGCUUCACGAACGGCAGAACGACCUCCCCGUGGCCCCAUUCUCGUCCUCCACCACUCGAGCAGGGCAGUCGGAGCAACAGUCGAAGAACCGCAGGGCUGCACCGCCCGCCGUGUCCUUCACGUCCACUGGUGACCGCUAUCGCAGAUCCCCCAGCAUGGAGUUGUGCGGCACAUCUGACGAGGCUGCCCGGCUACCCUUUAUGGGGAUGCCCUCCUCUUCCUUUGCCGUUGUCCCUACCGCUUCGUCGCGCGUCAUGUUUGAAGGCUCUGUCCCAUCGUAUCAGUUGAAGCGCAUGAUCACCGCCCUCGACCUUGUCUCCGCUACGCUGUACAACGUGCUGGAGAGUCUGGCGGUGCAGUGCAGGGCGAGCGUGGCCCUGUUGUGGCUACGGCCACGUCAAAACCUUUCCUCGUCGGAGCUCGUCGCGCCGUUCGUGGUGGGGCGGGACCUCUCGUCACUGGCAAACUCGGCCCCCUACCGCACCCUUGAGUUCUCCAUUCCCUGCGUAGCGUGCCAGACCGGCGUGGCACUCAACUUGAAGCCGCAGCCGCACGUCCAGAACGCCGCGAGCUCCUCUGUGGCGGACUUGACGCUGACGGAGCUGAUGGAGCACACGAACGCCGCGCAGCUGCUGAUGCCGGUGCACGACCGCUACACGGAGCGCCAUGCCACAACGCGUGGCUCAACAGUGAAUACACCAGCCGUGAUAGCGGUAAUCCAGUUGAUCGGCUCGGCAAUCAACCCCGUUCCCUUCCACCGGCGCAACGAGGAGGCCGCCGCGCAAACGGCGACGCUGCUGUCCUUCACCAUCUCCUCCUACUACGAGACGAUGAUAGCGGAAUGGUCCAACCGUUUUUACGUGCCCACCACGUUGCACGCGACUGGCAAGUACGCGGCCGGGCUCGAUCUUCGGGCCGAAGAGAAGGUGCUGGACGACUUCGCAACCCCACCGCUGCUGAUGUUUCGCUCCGCCGUGGGCAAUCUAAGCGAGCUCACAAGCGCGAACGAGGCGCGUGAUGCCUUGAAGCUAUUGGGCCAAAAUGCGCUGCGACGGUCCGCGUCGCUUCGCCCCAUGGCGACUGUGAAGGACUUGUUUCAGCACGCAACCACUAUGGAGACCAACUGGGUGUCGGCAGUGCAGCGGACAACGCGACUCGAGAAAACGGUGGCCGCGCUCAAGGAUGACAUGCUCCGUCGCGACGUAAGCGCCCUUCAAAAGGCACAAGAGGCGCCGAAAUCUCGUGGCACGUCUGCUGGGAGCCGCCCCUGGUCUUCUGCUGAGAAAAAGAAUGCAGUGCCACUUCCAUCGGUAUCCGUGGUGGCACCGGCAGCGAAAAAGAGAAGCUCCUUGAGCAGCGCCGACAUCAACAUCCCCCUCACACCACCCGUGCCCUACGUAGCCGAGGCUGUCAAAAUCGCGGCAGCGGGUUCUCCGUCUGCUGCCGUGUCGGUGCCUCCAAAUACUGAGGUACUCAAGGCGGAUGAGGUGGAUGUACUUGAGGCGGUCACACUACGGCGCCUGCGUGAACUGGGCGUAGACACGUCGAUGUUUGAGUAG